AGUGUGAGGAAGGAAUCUCAGCUCCAGUACCUGUUAGAGCGACGGAUGGCCGGCUGAUCAGAUUAGAGGUGUCAGGGCUGGUUAAUCUGAGAGGGAAGGAAAGACUCUCCAGCGUCGCUUCAUUCAUCGGCGCGGAGGAAGAGUCGCCAGAGCGGCGGGGAAUUUCCCCUCUUUUUUUAAUUUUUAUUUUAACAAUGGAUACCUGCAGGGUGCGAGCUUGGGUGUUCCUACUCCUGAUGUGGCAGCAGAGCAUUUCGGCAUCGCAGUUUCCCACGCAUCUCAUGAUUAAAGAAUGGGUUGAUCAGAUGCAGAAAGAGCUUGUCACCCUGGCGGACACUGCAACAGCGGGGAAAAGGCUCACCCAGAUCUUCCUGAGAAACCAACACUUGUAUAGUGUGGAGCAAAACGAUGCUGAGGAGCUGGUGGCCCGAGCAGCCAGGAACAUAGAAAAUCUUUUACGCAAGAGAUCUGCGGCACUGGAGAAACUGGCUACAGCUGCUGAGAAUUUCCAGAUGGAGCAUCGCUGGAAAGAUGAGUUUGAGGACGAUGAAAUUGCCUACUACAACGCGAAAGACAAUCUGGAUGCAAAUGAGACGGAGGGAAGAAAGUACAGGAUGCGGCCAGAUUUUAAAGAAGAUCCCUCAUUUAAACGUUUGACUGAUCACAACCACACGGCUGUCCACAUCCCUACUGACAUCUAUGAUGGCUCCACCAUUGUGUUGAAUGAGCUGAACUGGACCGAGGCAUUGGAGGACGUGUUCAGAAAAAACAGGGAGGACGAUCCCACACUUCUGUGGCAAGUGUUUGGCAGCGCCACCGGCCUGGCUCGCUACUUCCCAGCAUCCCCCUGGAUGGAUGCAAGGAAAACACCAAGUAAAAUUGACUUGUACGAUGUCCGCAGAAGACCAUGGUACAUACAGGGAGCCGCCUCGCCCAAAGACAUGCUAAUCCUCGUUGAUGCGAGUGGGAGUGUGUCUGGCUUAACUCUCAAAUUGAUCCGGACCUCUGUCAGCGAGAUGCUGGAAACUCUGUCUGAUGACGACUACGUCAAUGUAGUUUAUUUCAACACCAGGGUCAAGAAGACGGCCUGUUUUGACCAUCUGGUCCAGGCCAACGUGAGGAACAAGAAGUUACUGAAGGAUGCCGUGCAGAACAUCACCGCAAAGGGAAUCACAAACUACACAAAGGGCUUUGAAUUUGCUUUUGAGCAGCUGUCAGCGACAAAUGUGAGCCGAGCAAACUGCAACAAGAUAAUUAUGCUGUUUACUGAUGGAGGAGAGGAAAGAGCAAAGGCCAUACUGGAGAAGUACAACGCCGACAAAAAAGUGAGAAUUUUCACUUUUUCAGUUGGACAGCACAACUACGACAAAGGACCUAUUCAGUGGAUGGCCUGCUCGAAUAAAGGUUAUUUCUAUGAGAUUCCUUCAAUCGGAGCCAUCAGGAUAAACACGCAGGAAUACCUGGAUGUUCUGGGCCGACCCAUGGUGUUGGCAGACAAGCAGGCCAAACAAGUGCAGUGGACCAAUGUUUACUUGGACGCUCUUGAAUUAGGUCUGGUGAUCACUGGAACUCUUCCCGUCUUCAAUAAAACGAAAACCAAGGAUGACAGAAACGGCGAGCAUCAGAACCAGUUGAUACUGGGUGUCAUGGGGAUUGAUGUGUCGCUGGAUGACAUCAAGAAGCUGACGCCUCGAUUCACGAUUGGUCCAAAUGGAUACUACUUUGCUAUUGAUCCUAAUGGUUAUGUCCUGCUGCACCCCAAUCUACAACCAAAGAAGAGGAUCCGUAACAGAAAGCUCAGGCUCAAUAAUAAAUAUGCAAUCACUUUUCAUGAGGAGCCUGUCACCCUGGACUUUCUAGAUGCGGAGCUGGAGAAUGACAUAAAAGUCGAGAUCAGGAGAAUGAUGAUUGACGGGGAGAUCGGCGAGCGCACUAUCAAGACGCUGGUGAAAACCCAAGAUGAGAGAUACAUUGAUCGAGGUGUCAGAACUUACACAUGGGCACCGGUCAAUGGGACAGACUACAGUCUUGCCCUUGCUCUGCCCAAAUACAGUGAACACUUCAUCCAAGCUAAAUUGGGAGACAACAUGAGAAAAGCUCUGUCAAUGGAAACGCUGGACCUGGACAGAUUUGAAGAGUUUGGAUACACCUACAUUGCGCCGAGGCAAUACUGCAAAGAGAUGAAGCUGCUACAGAACAACACCCAGUUUCUCCUUGACUUCCACCAGCACAUCGAGAGGAAUCCCUCAAAUACAUGCAAUGUGUCCCUUGUGAGUCGCCUUAUCCUUGAUGCUGGCUUAACAGCUGAACUGGUUAAAGUUUGGGAGGAACAGUCAAUAGAUGGGAUUGUUGCCAGGUUUGUCGCCACAGAUGGAGGAAUAACAAGAGUCUAUCCAAAAAGUGCCGGGGAGGAGUGGAAUGAAAACCCAGAGACGUACGAGUCCAGCUUCUACAAAAGAGCCCUGGACAAUGAGAUUUAUAUUUUUACUGCUCCGGCUUUCAACACAGAGAACAGGGAGAGUGUCCAUGAGUCAGGGAUUCUGGUGAGCAAGGCCGCUGAGCUCACGAUUGAUGAAGUCACGCUGAAACCAGCAGUGGUGGGAGUGAGACUGAAUGUCAGCUUCUGGAUGAACAGUUUCAUCAACGCCACCAUGAAGCUUAAUUGCAAAGAUGAAAUAUGUGGCUGUUUGAGAAACGACAAGCACGUGGACUGCGUGAUACUGGACGAUGGAGGUUUUCUUCUCAUGUCCAACCAGGAUGAUUACAUCAACUUGAUAGGUCAGUUCUUUGGAGAGGUGGAUCCUGUGCUGAUGAUCAACUUGGUCAACACAUCGCUCUACUCCUUCAACAAGACGUAUGACUACCAGUCUGUCUGCGACCCAGAGAAGGACAGCAAGGCAGCAGCCGGACCCAGAUCUGUUUAUGUGCCUACAAUAGCAGACCUGCUGAGUAUUGGCUGGUGGGCUUCCAGCGUUGCUUGGUCUAUACUCCAGCAGCUCUUCUACAGCCUCAUGUUACCCAGUGUUUCAUAUGCAGCUGAGUCUUCGGACGACGACAUCCCAGAUGCGAUGUUCAAAGAAAGCUGCAUCACAGAGCAGACUCAGUAUUUCUUCGACAACGAGGAGAGGUCGUACUCAGGUGUCCUGGACUGUGGAAACUGUUCCAGAAUGUAUCGUGCUGAGAAGCUGCCCAACACCAACCUAGUGUUCCUGAUCACAGACGCCAAGGCAACGUGCCUGUCAUGUGACCCCAGACCGCUGAGGCAGGCUGAGCAACCGUCUGAAGGUCCGGAUCCUUGCGAGCUGGCUCAGAACCCUCGUUACCGAAAAGGACCAGACGUGUGUUUUGACAACAAUGAGAAUGAAGACGAUUCAGAUUGUGGAGGAGGAACUUGUCUGAGCCCGAGUCUCUGGUCGAUGCUCGCGCUCCAACUGCUGCUGCGUCUCUGCGCGUCUCUCGAAAACUCAUGACACACAAAGCCGUCCGUCUCUCAUUCCUCACGGCACACGUGCAUCGCCCAUCCGGGAGGUUCGCAGGACUCCUUUUUUCCAUGACAUUGUCAGUAUUUUCUUUUACGAUGCCAAAGGGUGCUCAUUCACUUCCUUCUAGUUUUCAAAACUCAAAACCCUCCUGAUGGUGCAAGAGUAAGCGCUAACCAAACCCUUUAAUUCCUCUCCGCUCAUCGCUCACCCACUAUGCCAACGACGUACUCGGGCUCUGUACCUUCACUGACAGCGUUGAUUCUUUCCGUUGCUUUUUCAUAUUCGUAGCAUAUCAAUCACGAUGCUGUAAUGAUUGUUUACUUUGGUUGAGGAAUAUCCAUCUGUGUAUUUUAUAAGUGUACUGUACCUAUCUAUGGAUCUGUUUUUGUACUGAAAUUCAACUAGCAUUCCAUGACUAGCUUGGUGUUGUAGUGUAGCAGCAUGUGCUCGGAACAGAGCUAAAGACAACACCAAUCCUCCGACACCAAAGUAGUAUGAAGGACCACGGACAAACCUCUUCAGCGGGAGCUAGCGAGAGAGCAGGGGGUGUCUCUGUAUUAAUCUGCGAGAUGAUACGUUUGCGCUUGGUCUGACAGCUUUGGUCGCCCUUAUCUCGAUGCAUCAAACUUCCAGUGCCUACUUUGUAGCUCAAACUGAAUGAAGUGAAUUGUCGUUUUCGUGCCCAUGGUAGUCUGUGCUGCAUUAUUGCCGAGCAGGUUCUGCUCUCUCUAGGACGCUUGUCCCAUCCGCUGCUGUCAUCCUGUUUGUGCCCGCUCGACAGGAACAGCCAGCGUUUGAUGACAAGAGGGAAGAAACGGCUCCCUCGUGAUGAAACCAAACCAGGCUUUCGCUUGCGUUCCCGACGCCUCUAUUUGUUACUCUUUUUUCUGUUCCAUUUCUGGAUCACUGGACUCAGGAGAUGACAGGCGAAUGAGAUCAGCGUAACAAAAUGGCUGUUUUCUUCCCUCUACUUGCCGUUCUUCCUUUAUUUAUGCUUGUUUCUUCUGCGUUGCUCUUAAAAGUGCUGUGAAGCAGGCGCUGAGCGUUCAGUGUCUCUGGAUGAGCUUGUUCCGUGUACGAACGCUGCCUUCACCCGCGGUCAGCAUCAGGGACUGGUGGAGAGAACUGCAGCAUGGUUGUGCUGCAGACGCUUCUGCUCAGCCUUACCGGACCACGAAUCCAAAACAUGACAUGCCUUCUUCGUCGGUGUGGUUCUCUCCACGCCGUCCUCGUGUUGACGUGCUGGUGUCGAGUGUUCAGGUUAUGCCUGUCUUUCAAAGUCGUGUGUUGACUUGCGUUUUAGCCCAGGGGUCCCCCAUGUCUACAGUGUGUGCAGGCAUGCCCCCUCCCCCCCCCCCCCACUCCCUAUAUCUGAUUGUGCUUUAAUACUGAAUAUGAAAUACUCUUUUGUGGAACUUGACAAGCCUGAAUGAUUUUUGUAUACAUUUGUACAAUAAUACUAUUUACUGUAUAAAAGAGAAAUGAUGGAGAAGAAAAAAUGUUUAUAAUAUGGUGUUGGAUAUUGUGCGGAUAUAUUCACAAUAAAAGUGUUGUAUUGUUAUGAC